AUGUCAGGCCGACCGGGAUUCUAUCGCCAGGAGCUCAAUAAGACGGUCUGGGAGGUGCCCGAGCGGUACCAGAUCCUCACUCCAGUCGGCUCUGGCGCGUACGGCUCCGUGUGCUCGGCGUAUGAUGUGCAGCUUCGUCAAAAGGUAGCCAUUAAGAAGCUCUCUCGGCCAUUCCAGUCUCUCAUUCACAGUCGGCGCACCUACAGAGAACUGCGAUUGCUCAAGCAUAUGAAACACGAGAAUGUUAUUGGUUUGCUAGAUGUUUUCUCUCCUGCAGCGUCAUUAGAAGAAUUUAAUGAGGUCUACCUUGUCACUAAUCUGAUGGGAGCAGACCUCAACAACAUAGUCAAAUUUCAACGCCUUUCCGAUGAGCAUGUGCAGUUCCUCAUUUAUCAGUUACUUCGUGGCCUUAAGUAUAUCCAUUCAGCUGGACUAAUACACAGAGAUCUAAAACCAAGCAAUGUUGCUGUGAAUGAAGACUGUGAACUGAGGAUCCUGGAUUUCGGAUUGGCCAGGCAGACAGAUGAUGAGAUGACUGGGUAUGUGGCUACACGCUGGUACAGAGCACCUGAAAUUAUGCUCAACUGGAUGCAUUAUAAUCAGACAGUGGAUAUCUGGUCUGUGGGAUGCAUUAUGGGUGAGCUUAUCAAAGGGAAGGUCUUGUUUCCAGGAAAUGACUAUAUAGAUCAGCUGAAGAGAAUCAUGGAGGUGGUUGGUACCCCAACUCCUGACCUUCUGAAGAAGAUCUCUUCAGAGCAUGCCCAGAAAUACAUCCAGUCCCUUCCAUAUAUGCCCCAGCAGGAUUUGGGGAAGAUUUUCAGAGGAGCCAAUCCACAGGCGGUAGAUUUGUUGAAGAGAAUGUUGGUAUUAGACUGCGACAGGCGGAUCUCUGCCAAUGAAGCCCUGUCCCACCCUUAUUUCUCUCAGUAUCAUGAUCCGGAAGAUGAGCCUGAGGCACCAGUAUAUGACCAAACCCCAGAGAGCAAGGACCGCACACUGGAGGAAUGGAAGGAGCUGGUGUUUGAGGAAGUUAACAGUUUUAAAGCACCUGCCAACCAAACAGACAGCCUCCAGGCCGAGCAGUAA